UUGAAAGUUCGCACGAGCAAAAUUAUCUCAUUUACAACACAAAGAAAGCUAAUAAUCAAAUAUUUGAUUAUUUUCCUUUCCCCGAUUCGUUUUUCUUUUAUUACUCAGAUACAUGGAUGUUUCACGGGACUUUACCUUAGCACCUAACACAGGUUAUCGAUUAAUAAAACGAACAUUACAAGCCGAAGAUAUUUGUUUACUGCGUAAUGUAUUUAAAGAAUUUGAUGAAGGCAAUAAAGGGUAUUUAUCUCGAGAAGAUAUAAAAAUGAGCAUUCUAUGUCUUUUUGGAUACAAACCCUCGAAGUAUGAAACUGAUAGAAUAAUGCAAGCCUAUUCUGAUGAAUUCAGUGAAGAAAUGGGUUUAACUUUAGAAAGCUUCAUAAAAGCCAUGACACCAAAGAUGGCUGCAAGAGAUGAAAAUGAAGAGAUUCGGCUUACAUUCAUGGCUUUUGAUUUUAGUUGCCAUGGUUUCAUCACUAUUGCUGAUUUAAAGAAAGUUUUCAAGGAAGUGGCUCCAAAAUUUCCUGAAGAAAAUAUUGAAGUUAUUUUUAGGGAAGUGGACCAGGAUGGAGAUGGAAGAGUUAGUUUCAAAGACUUUGAAUUCAUGAUGAAAUAUGAUUCAGAUAAUCUGGUUUAAAAUAAUCUGGAUCAGAUCAGAUAUUCUGUUCAAGUGCAG